AUGUGCUUGUUUCUUUGGCUGCCCAGCUCUGUCUGGGUGUUGCUCGGUAUAGAGUUUGUUGAGCGUCUCGGCUACUACGCCGUUGCCUUUUCUCUUUUCACCUAUUGCACCGUCAUGCUCCGGACAGGCCCGGCGGCGGCGAAUGCGCUAAUUAACAUUGUGUACAUCCUCGUCCCUGCGGCAGCGUUCGUUGCGUCAGGUGUGGCGGAUAGCCGGGUUGGUCGGCCGCGUGUGCUGGCCGCUGCGCUGGCCGUCUACACAGCCUCGCUGCUCCUUUUGUGCGUGUCGGCCACGCCCUUGCUGUACACCGACUUCCCUCUCGGUGCGAACGGUGGCAGUAAGGCGCUGUUUGCUGUGGCACUGCUGGGGUUUAGCGCCGGGUACGGUUCUAUGAAGGUGUGCACCAAUCCGAUCAUGGCGGACUGCGUCGUGCUGCAUUACCGUAACGCCCUCAUUGGGCUGCCAACCAUCGUUGAAGCCGGGAGGGCAGGGGCGGAGGAGAGUGCUGCGAGUGUUGCCAAGGCUGGCGAUCUCUCCACACGUGAGAUAGCCUCCUUGCCGGGGGCGGCUCGCCAGGGUGUCGCAGCCGAUGCGGCUGCCAUAGUGAGUGACGCGCCGAAGCACGAUGCCUCGCCGUACGGCUGCACUACCAAUACAGACACCAUCGCGUCUCUGUGCGAGGAGGACCACGUGAAGGCGGCCCUCUCCCGCCUGUUUGUGUACGCCUACUGGGUGGGAAACAUCGGCGGCCUCGUCGGCAGCUUUGUUGCACCACUCUUGCGCAAUAUCGAUAGCCAUCGCCUCGUGCAGGGAAGUGAGGAGCACACAACCGGCUACUACUACGGCUUCCUGCUGGCGGCCGUGUCGGUCGGCUUCGGCGGUGUUUUCCUCUACGGGUGCUUUGACGGGCUGCCUCGCAACGCGCCAGCACCCAAGUUUGUGCUCGUUCGCGUGACGGUGCUCGCACUGCAAAAAAGGUGGGCGGUGCGGCGAGGCAGUGCGCGAAUUGUGCCCGACAGUCGCGGUGGCAUCUCGGGCCCCCACGACUGGCUCGAUUAUGCAUGUGCCAAGCUACAGUCGGUUUCCUGUGAGACGGGAGGCAUCUCUGCCGCCCACAACGCCAUUCCUGACGAAGCCGCUGCGACUUCCGAGUGGUCUACCUCGGCUGCGUGUAGUCCGAGCAGCAACACCUCCUUUUCGGACCUUGGCGUCGACGCUGCCGGCACCUCGCUCUGGGUGGCGGACUGCCGCGCGACGCUGCGGAUCUGCAAGGCCUUCCUUGCACUGCCCAUUUACUGGUUGAUCUGCAAUCAGUUCAGCACGAACCUCAUGUACCAGGCCGCGGCGCUGGAUAUGCCCCUGAGCGUACCUGAGGAGCUUUUCAACAACAUCAACACCGUCACCAUGCUUCUCUUCUUGGUUCUCUGGGAUCAGUUGCUGCUUCCACGCGUGCUGCAGCACCGUGUUCCCUCCGCCUGUCUUCGCAUCCUUGCAGGUUUCGCGUGCAUGUGCGUUUCCAUGCUUUGGUGCGGCUUCUUGCAGUGCUCCAUCAACAGCCGUGGCUAUUAUGAAGGCGAGGACAACUACGUUCUCCGCGAAGGUCAACGGAAGCUGUCGGCGGGGUGGCUGGUCAUGCCGUACAUUCUGCAAGGCUUAGCCUCUGCCUGCGUGGACCCCACUGUGAUGGAGGUGGCGUACCACGACGCCCCGGAGCGGAUGAAGGGAACUGUGAUGGGAUUGUACUGGGUCGCCUCCAGCGCGAGCGGCUUUCUCGGCUUCGUUCUCUCGCCGGUGAUGAGGCCGCAGAACGCAGCGGCGCUCUUCUUUUCCUUCGCUACGUCUCAGAUGGCCGUGUCGGUGCUCUUCUACCUCAUCAACUGCAGCCGCUAA